AUGUCCCACCAGUUUAAUCCUUUAGCAGCUAAGGCGGCUACUAUUAGUCUUUCAAGUUUUGGAGGAUCAUUUGGUUUUGAUGAGAUGUUUAGAAAGGAUCUUACCAAGAUUCGAGAGGAAGCUGACCUCGCCAAGAAGGAGAAUACUGCACAAUUCACAGACGUCCUGCAAGCUAUCAAUAACUUGGCGAAGACUAUCAAGGGGAAGAUUAUUCAAGAGGAGGCGAUGGACAAGGAAGAACCUGAAUUUCAGCUCGAGUUUGGGUCCUUCAAAAAGGGACCUAAGGACGAUAAGAGCAAGGGUGGGGGUCGACAAAUGGGAGAAUUUCAGAAGCUUAAGGCUCCUAUUUUUGAAGGGGAAGACGUGUUUGGAUGGAUUUAUAAGGUGGAGCGUUUCUUUGAGAUCCAAGACAUUGGCGUACGCGAUCGUUUGAAGGCAGCAGCGAUUUGCUUGGACGGCAAGGCGUUGGCUUGGUUUCGUUGGAGUCAAGCAAGGGACCCGUUCCGCUCUUGGGAGGAAUUAAAAGAACGGCUGUUGGAGCGAUUCCAGUUAACAGGUGAAGGCAAUCUCUAUCAUCAAUUUCUUGCCAUCCGACAAGAGGGAACCGUACGUGACUACGUAAGCAAUUUUGAAAGACUAUCAUGUCAGUUGGGAGACAUACCAGAAAGCGUCUUAGAAGGCACCUUCGUUAAUGGUCUCAAGGAUGACACACGUUCGGCCGUUCGUAUUUUACAGCCAGCAAAUUUGGCCAGAGCCAUGACUCUUGCUGUUAUGAUCGACGAAAACAAGUUCAAUAUCGGCACACCCAAGACUAGUGGUGGGGUAAUUCGGUCCAACAACAACGGGUCUAGUCGAUCAGGUGGAGCUUCUAGCAUUUCGUCUUCAACCAACGUAGGCAGCAAGGGUACCAACCCGACUAGUACUAAUUCGACAGGCCUUACUGGUCAGUUCAAGCGUUUAACAGAAGCCGAAUUUGCUGAGAAAAAAUCCAAGGGCAUAUGCUUUCGUUGUGACGGGAAGUUUUCUCCAGGCCAUUGUUGUCCUGGUAAGACACUUCAGGUGCUGAUCAUCGAUGAACAGGAAGAGGAUAAUGAAGUGGGAGAAGGGUUGGAACACGCACACCUCGAUGAAAUCGAGGUGGUUGCUCAAUUGGGAAUGACAGUUUCGGGAACAGGUGCAGUCUGGGUACGGCUUGGGAACGGUAUGUGGGAAAAAAGUAAUGGUACAUGCAAAGGAGUCGUAUUAAAUUUACCAGAGCUACAAGUCGUUGAAGAAUUCUAUCCCUUAAAUUUAGGGGGAUCAGAUAUUAUUCUUGGGAUUUCUUGGCUUCAGACACUAGGCGACUUGACAGUCAAUUGGCGAGAAUUAUGGAUGAAGUUCUGGGAUGGUAGUCGUCAAAUCACCAUUACAGGUGAUCCGAGCCUAACAAGAACGUUGGUAUCUUGCAAGUCCAUGCUUAAGCUAUGUUACAACGAAGACACGGGAUUCUUAGUUCACAUGAAUUCAGCGGAAAUUUCGUCGCCAAUACCGCUUCCACCGCCCGCCAUUCAGGAGGUUAUUAAGAAAUUCGAAAUGGUUUUUCGCAUGCCAGUCGAUUUACCCCCCCCCCCCCCCAUCGCAGCCAUGAGCACGCCAUCACCCUUCACGAGGGCACCGCUCCAAUUAGUGUCCGACCCUACCGCUAUCCCCACGCACAAAAGGAUGAGAUCGAGAAGCUAG